UCUUUGAGACAAACAUCAAAGUCACUCCUCGUCAGAGAGACAUCACUCGAAAUAAUGUGUUGUAAGGUACUUCGCGACGAAUUCCGUCUCGUUCAGGCCCGUCUACUGUAUCCAAAUGCAGACGAUUUUGUUCAGUCACCGUGGUUUGGCACGCUAUUUGUCCUUGUGUACCGUUUCGUCAUUGCUGUGUUCUGCUUAGGAUGGACGAUAGCAAGUAUGACUCUCUUUGAAUAUUGGUUUAUUUGGCUGAGCAACUGGAGUUUUUACCUUGUCACGGUGUACUUUACUUGUGCGACUAUCGUGACAGCCAUCCACUACAAGAAAGAUCGCAGGACAACAGGAAAUGGCAGUGGCGCCGGACAUGAAAAAGAUUCCGGUGGUGACACACCUAAGGAAAUGACUGACUGUACAGUAGAACGCAGGAGAGACAAAGACGUCUAUUGUAACGGAGGAUCCAACACUGACACAAAAGGCGGAGAGGUCACCUUCACCGCUGGCCCCCAGACUCCGAGCGCUACGCCGAUGGCUUGGUUCCACGAAGCCUUGUGGGUAAUUUACAACAUAGCAGCUACGGCCGCUUUUCUGGUUACUAUCUCAUUCUGGACUUUGAUUUACGGCUCAGGUAUCAAUAAUAACGUAACUCCUUUUGGAAUUGUUGUGCACGUGAUUAACGCCAUUGUAAUCAUUGCGGAUACCAUGCUGACGUCAAUGCCCGUGCGGUUGUUGCAUGUUGUUUACCCGAUGUUCUACAGCGUAGUCUACGUUAUCUUUACAGUUAUUUACUGGGCGUCCGGUGAUGGUAUGCGUUAUAUCUACCCCCAGACUGAUUACACAGGAAGACCAGUCUUCUCCGCCUUGUCGAUCGUCGGACUUUUACUCAUCGGCCUUCCAUUAUGUCAAAUUAUUUUGUUUUGCUUCUAUUGCAUUCGAGUCUGGAUGAAAACCAGACGGGGCUAUUGUUUCAGUUAAAAUCGAUUCAGUUUAUGUACCUUUCUUCUAAACUGCCUUUCCGACUAAGACGGUUUAGAUGUCAAGUUUAGAACAACAGUGACUUUAAGAUGUAUCAGAGUAGAUUAGCAUAGUCACAAACUGUUCUGUGGUACUCCGAUUAAGUUCUACGAAACGACUCCUGAUUACUCAGUCGAUUAACUAACCUUUGCCUUCUUGUUUUUAAAGUGGGACCAAGCUAAC